GCCCGCCUGCACAGAGGACAUGAGAGGCAACUAUUACAUGUAGGCUUUCCUGUGAGAGAUAACAGCCUUAUUAGAAUAAUAGCUAAUAAUAAGGCAUCAUCAUCACCUCAUCCUUUGGGGCGGAUCAGUUUGGAUACACUCCCAGGUGACAUCUUCUCUGUGCAUGGGAAAGUAGCCUAGUCAUUCUUCCUGAGCACCAAGUUGCAUCCAGUUGGAGGAUAUUUCCGUCAUUUUUUAGAAAGUCUCCAUCAUGAACUACCUGCGUCGACGACUCUCGGACAGCAAUUUCAUGUCCAACCUGCCCAAUGGCUACAUGACGGAUCUCCAACGCCCAGACGCGCCGCAGCAGCCGCAGCAGCAGCCGCAAAGCCCCGCAGUGUCGCCUGGGCCGACGGAGAGGCGCCAGUCCGCCAGCCAGCCGCAGCAACCACCGCAGCAGCAGCCUCAGCAGCCGCAGCAGCAAUCUGGAGGAGGAGGAGGCUCUAGCUUCUUCUCAUCCAUCUCCAAUGCUGUCAAACAGACCACAGCUGCAGCGGCUGCGACCUUAUCCGAGGCAGCAGACCGAGCUGGAGUCUCCAGCAGUGCCAAGGUGCUCCUGGUCAUCGACGACCAGCAGACCGACUGGGUAAAGGUCUUCAGAGGAAGAAAAGUCCACGGUGAAUUUGACAUCAAGGUAGAACAGGCAGAAUUCACCGAAAUCAGCCUGGUAGUCAAUUCCAUGGGCACCUACAACGUGGACAUAGAAGCGAUCAGGAAUGGGCAUAAGGUUACUAAAUCCUUUAAGCCAGACUUUGUGCUGAUCAGACAGCACGCCUUCAGCAUGGACAAGAACGGAGACCACCGAAACAUAGUGAUUGGACUGCAGUAUGCUGGACUGCCGAGUGUUAACUCUCUGCACUCUCUCUACAAUUUCUGUGACAAGCCAUGGGUGUUCGCUCAGAUGAUUAGAGUGGCCAAGCAACUGGGCCCUGAGGAGUUCCCACUGAUAGAGCAGGUUUACUAUCCAAACCACAAGGAAAUGAUUACCUCCCCUGGCUUCCCCGUAGUGGUAAAGAUGGGCCAUGCUCACUCAGGAAUGGGAAAGGUGAAAGUAGACAAUCAAUAUGAUUUUCAAGAUAUUGCGAGUGUCGUGGCACUGACCAAGACUUACGCCACAUCUGAGCCCUUCAUCGAUGCUAAGUAUGACGUCCGCAUCCAGAAGAUUGGCAGCCAUUACAAAGCUUAUAUGAGGACAUCAAUUUCUGGCAACUGGAAAACCAACACUGGCUCGUCUAUGCUGGAGCAGGUGGCCAUGUCAGACAAGUACAGACUGUGGGUGGACUCUUGCGCUGACAUCUUUGGAGGGUUGGAUAUCUGUGCUGUGGAGGCUCUGCAUGGUAAAGAUGGCAAGGACUACAUUAUAGAGGUUGACGACUGUUCGAUGCCGCUGAUUGGGGACCAGCAGGACGAGGAUCGCAUUCAGAUUGCAGAGCUGGUGAUUUCUAAGAUGAACCAGGCCGUUCCACGCACUGUAAGCUCUUCCACAACCGGGCAGCCAACACAGAGAACAGUGUCUCCUCAGCCUGUCUCACAGCCCAAAGUACCACAGGCUCAACAGCGCCCGUCACCUCAGGGUGGUCCUCAGCAAAGUCCCCCACCUCAGCAGCGCCCACAGCCUCAAGGCCAACCUCCUGCACAGGCCCAGCAAUCUGCUGCCAACCCUGCUACUGGUGACACCAGUGCCCAAGUUAAGGCUAACCAAGGACCUGCAGCCCAGCCACGGCCACCAGGUCAGGGAGCUCCUCAAGGCCAAAGGCCUCCUUCUGGUCAGGGCUCUCCUCAGCGAAGCCAGGGAGGUUCACCUCAAACUCAGAGGCAACAGUCGGUCCCUACCCAGAAACCUCCUCAGCAGAGGCCUGCCCACCCCCCUAGGCAGCAGUCACAGGGGUCGGCACAGCAACAGAGGGCUCCCGGCCAGCAAGGUCGCCCUGGAGGACCCACCACCCAGCAGCCCCGACCUGCUGCUCAAGGCCAAGGGGGCCCAGGAGGGCGACCCCCGCUGCAGCAAAAGCCUCAGCCCCCACAGAAGCCCAGUCAGGACAACCCGGCUAUGGGCGGCUCUCCACAACUAAACAAGUCCCAGUCUCUUACAAAUACCUUCAACAUUCCAGAAACCCCAGCGCCACGAGCCAGCCUUAGCCAGGACGAGGUGAAGGCUGAAACCAUUCGCAAUCUACGCAAAUCUUUUGCCAGUCUCUUCUCAGACUGAGAUGGCAUAAGCCCCCCCUUCCUCUCCUCCUACUGACAGAAAGAUGGACAGGCAAACUGAAGGACAGAUACCCCCAAUGAACAAAGACCAACAGGAUUCACGUACAUUGACCCCAAUACGAAAAUGUACACACUUGACUCCCACUGCCUAAUAGUCUUUUAAAACGAACAAAAAGUAGAACACACGGUAAAUUUAGGCACCGAUAUCUGAAACAUUCCUUGCCUCGCCUCAAGCUUAAGUACGUCAUCUACUAAUUGUGUCGCACAAAUGAAACACUAAAAAAAAGCCUGUAUAUGCAUGAACUCACAAAAAUAGGAAACAAAAUACUGCUCCCACUUGUUUGUUGGUGCUGUAAAAGUCAUUGUGAUCUUUAUGUUUGAAUUUUGGUUGGUUAGCCGACCAACCAAAUGAAUUAAGGGACUGUACAAAAAUGAUUGGGGUGGGGAGGAGUGCGAAAUCUAAUAGUUUAUUUUAUAAAAAGAAAAUACUGCCCUCCUCAGUGUUUUUCAAUGUCUCAGAAUAAUAUAUUUAUGGCUAACACAACAAAGUAGUAAAAAUACAGCCACUGUCUAUUUUUGAAUGUAGAGCUCGCAAAAUAAACAGUUAUUAUAUUC